GUCUCAGCCUUCAGCGAGGCGGUUUUCCCAGAUUGGAAGUCCCGAAGAGCCGCCCCACCUCACCAAUCCAACCCCUAUAGUUCCGGGACCGACCAGCAAACCCUAGCUCCACAUCCACCCACUAGCCAUGGCGCCGGCGGCGGGGGAGGGUCCCGGCGACGAUGGGCUCCGAAAGUUGGAGUACCUGUCGCUCGUCUCCAAGGUCUGCUCGGAGCUGGAGACGCACAUCGGUGUAGGCGACAAGGUACUGGCUGAGUUCAUUACCGAGCUCGGCCGCGACGCCCCCUCGGUCGCCGAUUUCGAUGCCAAGCUCAAGGCCAACGGCGCCGACCUCCCCGACUACUUCGUCCGCACGCUCCUCACCAUCAUCCACGCCAUCCUCCCGCCGCCCUCCCAUAACCCUAGCUCCGCCGCCUCGCAGUCCAACUCCAAGUACCGCGCGCUCUCGCGCCCCGACGACGCAGAUCGCGCCCGCGAGCUCCGCCUCGAGCUUGAGCGUGAUGCCAAUGCCACAGCGGCGACCACCCCUGCCCCUUCCAGGGACCGCAGUCGCGAUGACCGCUCUCGGGACCGUGACCAUGACCGCACGCGUGAUGAACGCGGACGGGAUCGUGACCAUGGCCGCAGUCGUGACAGAGACCGCGGGCGUGGUGAUUGCAGCCAUAACCGUGACCGAGCACAUGAUGACCGUGGCCAGGAUCGUAACCAUGACCGAGGCUGUGAACAUGAUCAUGGCUGGGACAGGGAUCGAGACCGUGGUCGCGACAGAGACCGGGAGGGAGAUCGGGACGGUAAUGGUCGGAGGGCCCAGGACCGCCUCCAGCAAAGGGACAGGGAUACUGGCAAGGCCCAUGGAAGGAGCAGGAGGUAUGUGGAUGAGGAGGAGGGACAGCAGGAAAGGGCUGGAGGAAGGAAGACAGAGAAUACCCUGACAAAUUCAAGUGGCGAGCCUGAGCUUUACCAGGUGUACAGGGGGAGGGUGACCCGUGUAAUGGACACCGGUUGCUUUGUCAAGCUUGAGGAUGUUCGUGGUGGCCGUGAGGGACUUGUUCAUGUAUCGCAGAUGGCAAGCAGACGGAUAGCCAAUGCAAAGGAGGUGGUGAAGCGUGAUCAGGAGGUGUUCGUGAAGGUAGUUUCGGUAAAGGGAGAUAAGUUGAGUCUCUCACUGAGGGAUGUGGAUCAGGAUACAGGAAAGGACCUUCUGCCAAUGCAGCGUGGUGUGGAGGAUGCUCCAAGGACUAACCCAUCUGUUGGUAGUGCUGCUGCUGCUGGGUCUGGAAGGAGGUUGGGUCUAUCGGGGAUUGUGAUUACAGAGGAGGAUGAGGUUGCACCCAUCUCGCGGCGUCCCCUCAAGCGGAUGAGCUCACCGGAGAGGUGGGAAGCGAAGCAGCUAAUUGCUUCGGGUGUUCUCGAUGUGAGGGAUUACCCACAGUUUGAUGAGGAUGGUGAUGGAAUGUUGUAUCAGGAGGAAGGCGCAGAGGAGGAGUUGGAGAUUGAGCUUAAUGAGGAUGAACCAGAGUUCUUGCAGGGACAAAGCAGAUUCUCAAUUGACAUGUCACCUGUUAAGAUUUUCAAGAAUCCAGAGGGUUCAUUAAGUCGAGCAGCAGCUCUCCAGACUGCCCUCAUCAAGGAGCGCCGUGAGGUUAGAGAACAAGAGCAGAGAGCAAUGCUGGACUCGAUACCCAAGGAUCUGAAUAGGCCAUGGGAGGACCCAAUGCCCGACACAGGUGAGCGACACCUUGCACAGGAGCUUAGAGGUGUUGGUCUAUCAGCUUAUGACAUGCCAGAAUGGAAGAAGGAAGCAUAUGGAAAAGCUUUAACGUUUGGGCAAAGGUCAAAGCUUUCAAUACAAGAUCAGAGGCAAACUCUUCCAAUAUACAAGUUGAAGAAAGAGUUGAUUCAAGCUGUGCAUGAUAAUCAAGUUUUAGUUGUUAUCGGAGAAACUGGCUCUGGAAAGACAACGCAGGUGACACAAUAUUUGGCUGAAGCUGGUUAUACCACAAGGGGUAAAAUUGGCUGUACUCAACCUCGUAGGGUGGCUGCAAUGUCUGUUGCAAAGAGAGUGGCAGAAGAAUUUGGCUGUCGACUGGGAGAGGAAGUUGGUUAUGCCAUUCGCUUUGAGGAUUGCACUGGCCCAGAAACUGUGAUAAAAUACAUGACCGAUGGAAUGCUUCUGCGUGAAAUUUUAGUUGAUGAGAACCUUUCCCAGUAUUCAGUAGUCAUGCUUGAUGAAGCGCACGAAAGGACCAUCCACACAGAUGUUCUCUUCGGUUUGCUGAAGCAGCUUGUUAAGCGUAGACCUGACAUGAGGCUUAUUGUUACUUCUGCUACCCUUGAUGCUGAAAAGUUCUCUGGGUAUUUCUUCAACUGCAACAUCUUCACAAUUCCGGGAAGAACAUUCCCAGUGGAGAUACUCUACACCAAACAACCAGAAAGUGACUACUUGGAUGCUGCAUUGAUUACCGUGCUGCAGAUCCACUUGACAGAGCCAGAGGGUGAUAUCCUUGUUUUCUUGACUGGUCAAGAGGAGAUUGAUCAUGCCUGUCAAUGUUUAUAUGAGAGGAUGAAAGGGCUGGGAAAGGAUGUUCCUGAGCUCAUAAUUUUGCCUGUGUAUAGCGCUCUGCCUAGUGAAAUGCAGUCAAAGAUCUUUGAGCCAGCUCCACCUGGGAAGAGGAAGGUGGUCGUAGCCACCAAUAUUGCUGAAGCUUCUUUAACCAUUGAUGGCAUAUAUUAUGUCAUCGACCCUGGCUUCGCCAAAAUCAAUGUUUAUAAUUCAAAACAAGGGCUUGAUUCAUUGGUCAUCACUCCAAUCUCACAAGCAUCGGCAAAACAAAGAGCAGGGCGUGCUGGCCGUACUGGACCAGGCAAAUGUUAUCGUCUAUACACUGAAAGUGCUUACCGCAAUGAAAUGUCACCAACGACGAUUCCAGAAAUUCAAAGGAUCAAUUUGGGCUCUACAGUUCUUAAUAUGAAGGCAAUGGGGAUAAAUGACCUACUAUCCUUUGAUUUUAUGGACCCCCCAGCACCCCAAGCACUUAUCUCUGCUAUGGAACAGCUUUACAGCCUUGGCGCUCUUGAUGAGGAGGGCCUUCUUACCAAACUGGGAAGAAAAAUGGCUGAAUUUCCACUGGAUCCACCACUUUCAAAGAUGCUACUAGCUAGCGUCGACCUUGGAUGCAGUGAUGAGAUACUGACUAUUAUAGCGAUGAUUCAAACGGGGAAUAUUUUCUAUAGGCCUAGAGAAAAACAGGCUCAAGCUGAUCAGAAAAGGGCCAAAUUUUUCCAGCCAGAGGGAGAUCAUCUUACCCUACUUGCUGUAUAUGAGGCUUGGAAAGCAAAGAACUUUUCAGGGCCCUGGUGCUUUGAGAACUUUGUUCAGUCAAGAUCGCUAAGGAGAGCACAAGAUGUCAGAAAGCAGCUUCUAACUAUCAUGGAUAGAUAUAAGUUGGAUGUUAUCGCUGCUGGGAAGAACUUCAUGAAAAUAAGGAAAGCAAUCACUGCCGGCUUCUUUUUCCAUGCUGCCAGGAAAGAUCCCCAGGAAGGCUACAGAACCUUGGUGGAGAACCAGCCAGUGUACAUUCACCCAAGCAGUGCGCUGUUCCAGCGCCAACCAGAUUGGGUCAUUUACCACGAGCUUGUAAUGACGACCAAGGAGUAUAUGAGGGAGGUGACCGUGGUUGACCCGAAAUGGUUAGUGGAGUUAGCGCCAAGAUUCUACAAGGGCGCAGAUCCAACCAAGAUGAGCAAGAGGAAGCGACAGGAAAGGAUUGAGCCUCUGUACGACAGGUACCACGAGCCCAACUCAUGGCGUCUCAGCAAGCGCCGAGCUUGAUGGUCCAUCAUACCCUACCACAAGUUUUGGCGGAACUGUAAAUAUUUGUGCUCUGCUCCUAGACACUGUUGCACUAGGUAUUUCUACCUACCGGAGUCUUAUUCCUGGAUACCGUUUUAUCUUGAGACUAGUUGUAUGGAUAUUUACAGUUCAGCGCUCGACCAUUACUGGGUGAUUCAGUUUUUCCAGUUUCGGAUAAUUUAGAUAAUACUACCUUUGUUUC